AUGGAGGCCGGAAGCGGCAGGAAGGUAACGAAAAAAAGACUUGCGGCAGGUGCCUCCCCCCCCGUCCCCCCCCCGAGACACCAAAGGCGGGGAAUCCCCCCCCCUACGCCAUCCCAACCCCCCCCCCCGCGGUGGGACGGGAGCUUCUGCCCUUCUGAGUCGGAUCUCUUGAUUCCCGCAGAGGCAGCGCGAAGCGGAGUCGGAGGCGUCGGGCCAGUCCAGCGGAGGAGAGGAGGACGCCGAAGACGACGACUAUGUGCCCUACGUGCCCGUCAAGCAGCGCAAGCAGCAGAUGGUAAAGAGGGACGGGGUCGGGGGAGGGGAGAAGGAGGAAGAGAGAGAGGGUGUUACCCUCCACCCCCAUUACCCAUUGCCCGCCCGCCCGCUGCGCUCCUGUGCCCACCCGGCCUGCAGCCAGGUCAUGCGCGCGGUUUACUGGAGAAGAAAGUCUCACUUGAGUUUGUUCGGGUAACUUUUAAGGAUCGCAGGCUGAGCAGCUCCUCCCUGUGUCCCGUUUUCUGUUUUGACUGACCCCGAUCUUCGAACAGCUGGUUUCCAGAAAGAAAGGAGGGAUGCCACGGAUCGGAACCAUCUUUGCUAUGCAAAGGCUGGAAUCUUACUGUUAAUACUUUUACUUAUUUAUUUGGCCAGUAGUCUUAAAAUCCACAUUCACAAGUCAGGGAUCUCAAAAUUAGCAUGGAAAUGGGUUAUGAGUGGGAGAUGUCUAGGUACAUGGAGAAGGUGGGGUGGGGUGGUCCACUUUUUAAUUUUUUUCUUUACUGAGGAUUGUAAGUCUUGAGGAGAGUUCUGAAGAGGAUGUAAGAGGAUUAUAUCUGAGGACUUGCAGCUAAGGCCUUGAAUCCAAUGGGUCAUUCUAAGCUCCUAACUCUACCACUUUUCUAUAUAUUCAGCUGCAAAAGUUGCUUCAGAUGCGCCGCAAGGGGGCGUUGGAGGAGGAACAAAGGGACAGUGGCAGUGAAUAUCAUGGCGACGAAGAUGACAUUCCUCUGGGUCCACAGUCCAACGUCAGCCUCCUUGACCAGCACCAACACCUCAAAGAGAAAGCAGAAGGUAGAGUCGGCAUGUUCUGAUGGAUCUGUAGUUAGGGAGGGGAUGCUAGACUAAAGGGAUAUAAUUGACGACUUUGUUUUUCUUCCCAGCACGUAAAGAGUCGGCUAAAGAGAAGCAACUGAAGGAGGAAGAGAAGAUCCUGGAGAGUGUGGCAGAAGGACGAGGUGAGUGCCAGGGAAUAUUUUCCCACUGAUUUUUACAGUUCAUUGAUACUGGACAGAAGUGAUGGUGAUGUGGAGGAAGAUUAAAGUGUUUCACCUGGGAAUCCACAGUUAACCCCAUUGCCUCCCAUCAGUUGCUGCAAUCAUAAAUAAAGCCAAUGUGACAGAGCAAUCCCCUAUAGAUCCUUUUCUUUGCUCUCCAUUUUGCUCUGAUGAUGAGACCACCUUGUCCUUGACUUUGGGCUUACUCAUUGUUUUCUUUCUCUCAUGCAGCUCUGAUGUCUGUGAAGGAAAUGGCAAAGGGCAUUACAUAUGAUGAUCCCAUUAAAACCAGGUAUGUUUUGCAGGCCAUUCGUACAAUUUAAAUGAUGCUGUGGGUAAUAUUAGACCCUUCCAGAAACAUGUGAUCUUGCUAGGAUUUUCAAGAAAGGUAUCAAGAUGUGGAGUCACUUGUUUGCUGGGAAGCACUACCAAGGGUAUUUAUUAUUAUUAUUUUAUUCAAUUUAUUUACCGCCCUUUAUUGAAAGACUUCAGAGCGGUGUACAACAUUAAUGUCCUCCAAAUGUUUUUGGACGACAACUACCAUCCUUGACCACUGGCCAUGGUGGCUGAGACAGAUGACAAUUGUAGUCCAAUGUGCUGCCCUCCAUAUGUUGUUGGACUGUCUACAUUGCAGAUAUUGGUGUUGGUGUGCAAUUUUUUAAACUUAGUUCAACUGGGAGUAGCUCUUGACUGUUACACCAUUCAUAACAUAGACUGCAGCAGACAUGAUAUUCACACUGAAGGAGAAAGUAGAGGCUAAGACAAGCAAUUGCUGUCUGAAAAGCUAGGGAUAGGGAAACCUCUGGUUUGCCAUAUGUUGUUAGACUCCAACUCCCAUUAUCCCUGGCCAUUGGCCACACUAGCUGGAGCUGCUAGAGUAAUGAUAUUUGGAGGCCCGCAGGUUCUCCUGCACUAAAUAAGCCUCUGAAGCAUGUUGCUUACGAACAACUUAAUAUUUGCUUCACAAUAUGAUUACAUUUGUAAUAGGAUAAUAAGAAUAGGAAAAAAACUCAUUUCUAUUCCCUGAAAGACUCAAAAGCAGGUUCACUUCAUAGCUCUGAGCAUGAGGAAGAAUGAAAAAUAAAUGGCAAUAAAUUGUCUCUGCAUUCCAGAUCUUGCAGCCAUAACUUAAAAAAAAUUAUCUGAGAAAAGCCAAAUAAGGUCUAAAAUGAUAUUAAGUAAGGGAAGAUGCAACUAGGGGGAAAUGCUGAUUGGAGGAUUUUACAUUCUGAUCAUAGAAGGGAAAACACUCGUAUCCUAGUUUUUGUCAGCAUUGCAUUGAUAUAUUUUAUUUGCCAUCUGGAGGCUGGCAUUUCCAGAAAGGCUAACUUUCUAGUGUUGAAAGUAAAUAGGUAUUGUCUAGGAAUACCUAUUUUCUUUGUAGCUGUUUUAUAUUCUAGAAACAAAGGAACUAGACACACACACACACACACACACAUAUAUAUAUAUAUAUAUAUAUAUAUAUAUAUAUAUAUAUGAAAAGGUAUGAAUUCACACCGUGUGCAGUCCUUCCCAUUACAAGUAGAAUAUGAAGUGGCUAAGAUUUUCUGAAGGGAAAGGGCCUUAGCUUCUGCAUUUAUAUUAGAAAGUUACAAGGUACAAGAAUCAUUACUUUAAAAAGGCUGUGAGUCUUUCAUACUGCUUGAGCAGCUGAUCUAUAUUUUGUUAUAUUGACAUGGAUAAGUAUUCAAACAAUGUCCAGCCUCGAGUAAAAUGGGACACUUUUGACAAUGUAAAAAUCAAUAAAUAAUGCCACUGCUUCUCUGGGUAGCACGUCUUGUACUUUAUUUUGUAACUGCCAAGCAGGAAGGCAGAUUCAUUCUGGAGCUGAGCUGUGCUAAUGGACUUACUAAUUUCCUCCUUUGGGAAAAGCCCAUGCAGUCUCAGUACUGUUGUCAGAAUCAUGAUCACUUUUUGGAAAGUCCUGUUGAGGGUUCAGCACAGACAUAGUUAUCUCUGGCUGUAUUUUAUUUAUUAUUCCAUUUCAGUAUGAGUGCCCUGCAUCUUGUAUUCUUGUUCCCUGCUGAAAUUUCAGUGUGUUCUUUCGCCAGCUGGAAGGCUCCUCGGUACAUCCUCACUAUGUCAGAGGCCCGACACGACCGUGUGCGUAAGAAGUAUCAUAUCCUCGUGGAGGGGGAAGGCAUUCCACCACCUAUCAAAAGCUUCAAAGAGAUGAAGUUCCCACCAGGUAAGUGACUAAGGUGGUGACUGAAAAAACAAGGAAACCAUUUCUGAGGAGCAUAGUUUCACAUGGGGGAGUUAAAAGGAUUGACUGUCCUUUGAAUUUAGUGGUCAGGGCUCUGAGCUGUCCCGCUGAUCUCUUUACCCAGCUGAGAUAUUCUAAGGCAAGGAUGGGGAGCCUGUUACCCUUUUGAUGUUUCCCACCAGCAACACUUAUCUUGGUCUGUAGUCAGGGAUGCUGGGAGUUUUAUACUUCUGCAGUACCACAGGUUCCCCAUCCCUACUCUUAAGGGCCGCUUCUCAUGCUACCUUUUAUUCUUGGAUGCACAAAGCAAAAUCCAAAAUAUGCUCAUGUCAUUUCAAAAAUUCAUGAUAAAAGCAGGCAUAUACUUGCAUUUGGCCAGAAGGAUUUACUAAUAUGUGCACGUAAUUUACAUUUGACACUAUCUGUGUGAAUGUAUGUUCUGAGAUACAUAGGUAAUAAAAGUAAGCAUCACAUUCUUGUUCUACAGGUAUGAUAGGAGAUAUUUCUGUUUUCUUGUCAUCCUGGAUAGCUCAUUUGGUUAGAAUGUAGUGCUGAUAAUGCCAAGGUUGCAGGUUCUCUCCCUGUAUUCCCAUACAUAUUCCUGUUGCAUAUUCCUGCAUUGCAGGGGGUUAGACGAGAUGAUCCUCAGGGUCCCUUCCAACUCUACAAUUCUAUGUUUCCUUAGCUUAACAUGUGUCCAAUUCUUUCUACAGGAAUCCUGCGAGGUCUGAAGAAGAAGGGGAUCCAGCAACCAACCCCCAUCCAGAUACAGGGUAUUCCCACCAUGUGAGUGUUGUUGGAGGUGUUUAAGCAGAAGCUCGAUAUGCAUCUAUCAGGGGUUCUCUUGUUGGCUCCUGCUGUGUAGAGAUCUUUCAUGGUGCAGCGGUUGGAUUGGCUGACCUUCAAGGUCGCUACCAACUUUAUGAUUCUAGAUUUGCACAGUAUUUUGGGUGCAUAUUUUCAGUUUUAUAGGAAUUCACUAUAUACUGAGCAGUAGUGACUGGUACCCAUUGGGACUGGCAGGGCGGAAGGAAAUGAAGUCCGUGUCACCAGAGCCAAUGACAGGCAGAGCCAACGCAUUUCUAGGUCUGCCCCCAGUCUCCCUUCUCAGAUAUAUAACGGCAACACUGUCAAAGGCACUGCCCAGCCAAGGAAUCCACACAGCAGAUAGUUAACUCUUUAUUGUCAAAGAUAGCACUUACAGUCGCUUCUACAGCUCUGGAUAUCUACACACACCAGUCUAAUAGCUAGGCAACUAUUCCCUGGUCCACGCAGUUGCAGCAGCGGGGGGCCACUCACCCUCUACCAGUUUAUGCAACUUUCCCCGACAGAGGCUGCAUACACACAGCCUGAGACUGUGCUUGGGUGGAAACUUCCCCUGCUCAUCCCUUUUCAAUCCCCUCCUGGUUCUGGGAGACAGUGGUGCAGGGGAGGGUGGGGGAAGCACCUGGUCCCUCACUUGCCUAACCUGCCUCUUCCUCCUCAUCUCCAGACCCACCUUGUGCUCCACUCUCCAGCUCUGAAGCUUUCCCUGUUUCUGAUUUUUGCCUUUUGGCUGGUACAAGUCCCCACAAACCACUGCUCCCCUCUCCCAAGUCAGACUCCAGCCCCUCUGCUCUGGUGCACACUUGUCAGCAGCCUGCCAAUCCUUGACAGACACUAAGGAGGGAGGGAGCUGAGUGCUGGUGCCCCUCUCUGGGCAGCUUAUAUGUAAAAAGGUGGGCAAGUGGGGUUGGUGGGGCAAUGCCCCAUUUGCCCUAAUAGACAAUCUACUGAUACUGAGGAAUGUACAUCCUGAGUAAAAGCUGGUACCGAGGACCAUAGUUGUUCAUACAUUUCCAGCCUUUUCUUUCUUACCAUGAAGGCUAGAAAUAUGCUUUCUCUCAAACAAAGGCUGUACAUCUUUGCGUGUUGUCAUAGUUCAUAGCCACUGAGUUCCCUUCUGGAUGGAUGCACUAUUUAAGCACCUAAAAAGCAGCAGUUUGUUACCUGCAGUGAUGGAGAGUCUCCUCCACACCCAUCCCAUUUCCUUCCUACUGUAGCCCUAACUCCUUCCAGCCUAAACAGGUCCCAUUAACUUGCUCCUUUCUGGCCCCAUAGCCUUUCCGGCAGAGACAUGAUUGGCAUUGCGUUCACCGGCUCCGGCAAGACACUUGUGUUCACUCUCCCUGUUAUCAUGUUCUGCCUGGAGCAGGAGAAGAGGCUGCCGUUUUCCAAGAGAGAAGGACCAUACGGGCUUAUCAUCUGCCCCUCAGUAAGUCUUCUGUCAUCCACUUAACUGGCCUUGUUCGCUUGCUUGGAUAUUGGGGGCAGAGGGGAGCAGAAGUGUGUAAUGGUUGUAGCAAGAGAGAGAGAGGUGCAAAUAGGAAGCACCUGGGGACUGUUAGCUGCUGGCUAAUAGGGCUUUUGUUUCUGCAGAGGGAAUUGGCUCGCCAAACCCAUGGUAUCCUUGAGUACUACUGCCGCCUGCUGCAUGAGGAUGGGAUGCCUGCCCUGCGCUGUGCCCUUUGCAUUGGAGGCAUGUCUGUCAAGGAGCAAAUGGAGACCAUCAAACAGUAAGGCCAACAUUGGGGCCAAAUAAAGGAGCACUAGAAUUGCAGCUAAUGCAUGUGUCUGUAAAAAAAACAAAGCAGGGCCCCCCCUCUUGUCAGUCACCUAUAUUUUAUCCCAGCCUUCUCCAGCCAGGUAUCCUAUAGAUGUUUUGGACCACAACUUCCAGCAUCCCUGACCAUUAGCUGGGGUGAUGGGAGUUGUAGUCCAAAACAUCUGGAGGCAAAAAGGUUGAGGAAGGCUGGUUUAUUCCAAUCCGUUUGGUAUUUGCUGCUGCUUGUUUCAGGACUUUGUUGUUCCAUCUUUAUUUUAGUCACUAACACUAAAAAAAAAAUGCCUUUUAAAAAACAAAAUUGCUCUUACAACCAAACUGACUGUGAAUGCACAGCAAACACACAUAUCUGACUUGCUCUGCUUUACUGCCUUCCUGUUUCUCCUGGGAAAGCAGUGAGUCCAACAUACAGGCCCUGCUGAGUCUAACCAGUCCUUAAGGCAUUUUGAAGUGCUGGGUUUGCAGAGGGAAGGGUUCAAAAGUGUGGAGGCAACGGGACAUUGGUCCUUGAAAGGGGAAUAGCCAUACUCCUACUCCUGAACUCCUUGUUCAUGCAGAUGCUACCAGAAGAGGGCCUUCUGCAGCUCUGAUUCCUUCUCUUCCCACAGCGGUGUGCACAUGAUGGUGGCAACUCCAGGCCGGCUGAUGGAUCUCUUGCAGAAGAAGAUGGUUAGCUUGGACGUCUGCCGCUACUUGGCACUGGAUGAAGCAGACAGGAUGAUUGACAUGGGCUUCGAGGGAGACAUCCGCACCAUCUUUUCCUACUUCAAGGUACUGGGCGAGACAGACUGUGCUUCUGCCUUUAUCUCAUUGAAUUGGGCAGUUGCGUAUUACCCUCCUCGUGGACUCAUGUGCUUUCUGGAGCCAGAGGCGUGGUUGGUGUGCUCUCAGGUAGCACUCCACUAGUUUACUUGAACUUUCCUCCUUGCUUUGGGCACUGCUGCUUCUGGCAACAGCAGUGUUCUCCCUGUCAAGAUGAAAACAGGCAGACUGUUGCUGGGGACAGGACUUAACUGAGCUGGGGGGUUGUUUGGGUUAUGCCUUUGAACUUGUUUUCAGAGCCCGUAAUCUACCCUGGAGCUUGGAAAGAAUAACAAAGAAGAGCAUGCCUUUGCCUCUUCCUUGCUGCAAGUUAGCCGCAAUUUGGCCUUGUACCUGGAAUUGAGGGUGGGGUGGAAGACUCUGAGGUUAGCUUUGUGAUUUCUAGUCAGGUUUGAGGCCUGGCAAGUUUCUCCUUUGUAGAAAUUACCUGCUGUGCAGAGAGCAGCAUAUGCCCAAAUAAACACGUAGGAGUUCACCAUAAGUUAUCUUAUGAAUCCCUCUUUUCUCAUCCAAAUUCAGCAUGUUACUUGUUGCAGUGCAACUGGUUGGACUGAUUAUAUUCAGGAUUGUGUGUACUCUGCUGCAAAGUGGCACACCCCUUCUAUGUCACGGAAAGCUGGAUCCUGUGAUCACUAUACAUAACAUAACAUAAUGGAGCAGAGUUUGCAUAUAUCAUUUUUGCAUAAUUUAUUAUACUUCUGCUGAUUAUGGGAAGGGGCAAGAAGCUAUGCAAGACACUAAAGCCCCUGUUUUGACCACUAGAAAUUCUCCUGUCCUGUUCUUUCCCUCCUACCCUUGCCCUCUAGCUUCUGAGACUUUGCCAACCAUUGCUUUUGCCUUUCAUGUCUUCCUCAGCAGCCCAUAAGGGCUAGAAACUUGCCUUUAGAAAUGAAAGCUGAGAUUCUUAGCUAAUUUUUUUGCCCAGUACAAAGCGAGGCCCAUAUUGAGAAUUACAUAUGUGAACAAGAUAGGCCCGCCAUCUUACCUUAUGCAUACAAUUUCAUUGACCCAUUUUUAGUGAUCCCAGAGAUUGCUUGGAAGUGGAAUUCUGGGAGGUGUAGCAUAAUAAAAGGGAUGUCCCUAGUUGCCUGUUUCCCUAUCAACGCUUUUUCCUGCCUUAGGGCCAGCGACAGACCCUUCUCUUCAGCGCCACCAUGCCCAAGAAGAUCCAGAACUUUGCCAAGAGUGCCCUUGUGAAGCCCAUCACUAUCAACGUGGGACGUGCAGGAGCUGCCAGCUUGGAUGUUAUUCAGGUGCAGUACGGCUCAAAGAGCCUGUCACGUCACUCUUUCUGUCCCACCGUAAAGGGAGUACAGAUGAUGAUUUUACUACAGCUCUUUUAAGAGAAGUGUUUAACAUUCUCACCUAAUUUGUGUGUAUUUCUUGCAAUGUUAUUCAGCAGGUUAGCCUGAGAGGUGAUAACCUGGCCGAAAUAACGCACUGAGCUUUACAGCUGCCUAUGAAUUUUAACCUGUGUGUUUUCUGUGUCCAAACACAACACGACACUAGUUCAUCUGAGCCCUGAUCAGUUGGUCUGUAGCUUCUGCCUUUUCUCACACUGAAAAUACUGGCACCGUGUGACCUUUGCCAUUUUCCUCUUGUAUCUAGGAAGUAGAGUAUGUAAAGGAGGAAGCCAAGAUGGUCUAUCUGCUUGAGUGUCUACAGAAGACACCACCACCUGUGAGUACUUAUGCUCAGUCCUGAGUCUGAGUCUCAGUGCUAGUUGCAUUAAAGGCAGCAUCUGAUUUUAUUCUGAAGCAGGAAAUUCUAGAGAAGCAACCAAGUGCCGUUCCAGAAUUUUGUGGGGCAUCCUGGUUCUGGAACCAAGGGUGGGAGCCUUGCUUAGCGGGAGGGAGUGAAGCAUGUUCUUUGAGAGCCCCCCUUAUAGCUUGGCACUUUUGCUCUUUUGUGUGCGUGCAGGUUCUUAUUUUUGCUGAGAAGAAAGCAGAUGUAGAUGCAAUCCACGAAUACUUGCUACUCAAGGGUGUAGAGGCUGUGGCCAUACAUGGUGGGAAAGGUCAGUAAGUGUCUUGAUUCAAAUCCGCUCUUUAUCCAAGGGCAGCACGUCCAGGCCGCAGAUUUGUAGUCAUCUGCUAAGACAGUAGAAGGAAUUGAGAAUAUAACAGAACUAUUGGCUUGCCGUGGUUACGCUUUUUUACGUCUGCCUUCCCCUUUCAUUAAUAUAUGGAACUGGUCAGUUGAGUGGAAAUGUGCCCAAUUUCAAACAGACCAAAAGUCUGUGGAAUUUGCUUCCAUUGGGUGUGAAGUGUCAAAAGAUCUAGAACAGGCACUCAGAACAAGGCCAGAGAUACUUAUCAGCCCUUUAAAGGUCCUCUGUACUCACAGAAAUCAUUAAACAACCUUUGGAGCUAGGAAGCUGAUGCUUCUAGACCGUGCAGCGUUGGAUGCGUAAUAUGAGAACAGAUACAGAAUUGAAUGUAUUGGUGAAAACCUGUGGGCAUUGCUGCUGAACAUCUCUCCCUUCCAGUGGAGAAUUUAGCCCUACAUCCUUGGUACAGAAGCAUAUAUUAACACUGUUAAAUUUGGGACAAACCCCUUCUUUUGUUUUAUUUUUAAACCCACUAAGGAGAAGCCUUCCUGGGGAAACAGCCCCUCCAUAUCAGCCAGCUUCACGAGUUCCCGCCCUGUCCCUUUCUUGCACAUUACAGCUGUCACUCCGAGAGAUGAGUGGCUUGUGGAGCUGUUCACUCUGGCACUUCAUAGAUAUGUCUGUGGGGACAAUGGUCCUUUUGUCAUGGGACUGUGAAUAAUUCUCGGUAGAGUAUUUGAAUGGAAACUCUUGUUGUCUUUGGGUUAUGGGUGAAUGGAAAUCUCACUGUUUCUGCCUCUAACACCCUCCGUUUCAUCUUGCAGACCAAGAGGAACGGACAAAGGCCAUUGAGGCCUUCCGGGAUGGCAAGAAAGAUGUCCUUGUCGCCACUGACGUAGCGUCCAAAGGCUUGGACUUCCCAGCCAUCCAGCAUGUCAUCAACUAUGACAUGCCCGAGGAGAUAGAAAACUAUGGUACGAGGAGACAGGCUUUGGCUACCUGGUUGCAUCUGUUCAUAUCCUAGUGAAGAGCUUCUCCUGAGAAGGAGCUCAGGCAUGUGGGGAAACCCUUGUAGGUGAACAAAACAUAAACAGGUUAGAUUUGGCUGACUGUUCUGUACAUAGGCUGUGCGUGAGUCCUUGAAUGUGCUUGGAUAAAUCAAGAUUGAUGCCCCAUAGAGAACAGAAAUAAAAAAGAGCUAAAAGCUUCUCUCUUAGCUGACUUACACGUUAAUAUAUAUGUAUGUAUUUUUCCAGUUCAUCGAAUUGGACGUACAGGUCGCUCGGGGAAUACUGGCAUUGCCACCACCUUCAUCAACAAAGCCUGUGGUGAGGAAUUGAGAGGGGCUGCUAUGGCGGGUAGGGGUGGGAGGUAGACUGCAUGGGGGUGUAAAUGGGGUGGAGCUGAGGAGCUGGGUCAGCAGGCCUGAGUCCUAGUAACAUAAGGACUUACUGAAGAGCCAGCCAGAGCCAUGCUUCCUUGUGAGUCACUGCUGAAAAUAGAAUCCUCCAGGGAGCCAAGACAUCACGGGUGGGUGGUUUGGGUCUAUUGCGAGUGCCUGCCUUAUGGAGACAGCUAGUCACUUCUGCGUGGGCAAUCUCCUUUGGCUUCCUGGAAUUGAAAUCUGUUGCGCUUUCCCAGAGAAGCCGGCCUGUGUCCAUUCUAACUUGCUUCUCUGUCCCCAGACGAGUCUGUGCUCAUGGACCUGAAGGCGCUGCUGCUGGAGGCCAAGCAGAAGGUGCCACCUGUGCUGCAGGUGUUGCAUUGCGGUGACGAAUCCAUGCUGGAUAUCGGAGGUAAGCAAAUGGGACAAGAGGCAACCAUCCUGUCUGAGGCUGUAGAGUCGGCGGGGUUGACUUCACCGGAGAAACAGCUCAGCUAUAGCCAGAUUGGAGCAAUGGUCUCCUGAAAAUAAAUCAGGUCAUGGUUCUUCAAAAGAAGUCCUUAUCUGGUCAUUAGCCUCAAAAAGGAGAAGAUCAAAGUACCAAACAAUAGAACCAGACCAUGGACAGGCCUAUCCGUUGUUUGUAACGAAAAGCAAAAGGUUCGAAAUCAAGUUCCAGGCAACCUGUGAUUCUGCAGGUGGUGCUGCACUCCUGGUCCCAUUACCUCUGACCAUUGGCCAUGCUGGCUGGGGCUUAUGGGUGUUGGAGUCCAACAGCACCUGAAGAACCACAGGUUCCCUGGCCCUGGCUGCAACUGAACCUGAGAGUGUUGCUUAGGUCUUUCUGUCUUUCCCCCCUUUUGUGCCCCCAUAGAGCUCUGGCUAACGCUGUCCUUUUGUCUCUUCCAGGAGAGAGGGGCUGUGCUUUCUGUGGGGGCUUGGGCCACCGCAUCACGGACUGCCCCAAGCUGGAAGCCAUGCAGACCAAGCAAGUCAGCAACAUUGGGCGCAAGGACUACCUGGCACACAGCUCCAUGGACUUCUAG